AUGGGCAUCUCCAACAAAAUCCAAGAAGUUUGGCACUCUCAGGCGCUGAUUGGUGGCCAGCCUUAUGCUCUAGUCGAGAACUUGCGCCACAACACUGCGGAGAUUGUGCUGAUGCACAAGAGAGUUUAUGAAGUUCUCGAAGAGCUAUUGCAACACUUUCGCUUCCAAUGGCUUUGCAAGCUUUGCUUUUGGAGGAUAAUCCAAGGACCCAAUUUGGCAUAUGCCAGCUCGAUAAUGGCGAUACGUAUGAUUGCGCUUCAGCGGUCUAUAUUGAACGGAGGAUUAAUGCGCCUGUCGAAGAAUAUGCAGCUGAUAUUGCAGCAGCUGCAGCAGUUGGCCAAGCAUUCAAAUUUCUUUAGACUGCCGCACUUAAUACUGCUGCUGACGGCACUGCAAAGUCUGUUGCGUGGAAUUAUUGCUGAGCAGGCUACUUUACUCGAUUAUUAUGAUUACGCGCCAAUUUCGGCUAGUUAUCGAGUGAUAUUGUUGUGCAGCUCAUUCUACAAUAUUUGCACCUUUCAAUUGCAGAUUACGAUAAGUGUUUGUUUAAUUAUCGUGCUGAUCGCCUGCUACGAUACACUACAGCAGUACACCAAACGCAUAUCAAAUGAUGUGCGCACGCUGCGUAAUGCUCAGGUGCUGCAAGGUGGUCAGUUGCAAGUUCUGGUGCAACAGCUGCGUGGCAUUACUGAAGAUCUUAUGACACUGCGCCAUCAUGUUUUUAACCAAGCGCGUCGGCUAAUCAAACAUUUUAGCUUCCAUUGGUUGUAUGCCAUGAUCUACUUUAUCUUAAUCUUCUACUGUUCGGGCAGCUUUAAGUAUAGAGUCUAUAAUCAGGCUAUAGUCCUGCUGAAUAUUACUUUCUACUGCACUACCUUUGGAAUAUUUUCUUGGAGGUCGCGACUAUCGCGCAGCUUUUGGAAUUUUCAUUUGAUUAACUACCAUUCUGAGUUUGAUCAAACCCUCGAUAGACUCUUUUGUUUUGAAAAAAUUGAGGCGCAGAAUGUAAACAUGUAUGGCGUCAAAUUGGAUAUGAGUUUCUUGUCUAAAGUUCUCUCAAUCUGCAUUUUGAUUAUUUAUGCCGAGUCCCAUGGUCUUCUCCGCUAUCCGCAGUAUGAGAUUUCUUUUGUUUAA